AUGAUUAACCACGCUCGGGUCUGGAGAUUCGCGCAUGCAAUUCGUUACCUAUCAACAAGAGCUGCCGAGACUGCCCUACCCAAUGCUGCGGCCCCACCACGUUACACAUUAGCUACUGUUAGGGCAUUUCCUUCAUUAGAACCACUCACAUUUGCGCCAGUGCCAGCAUCUGUGCUUGCUGCGCCAUUGAGGAGAGAUAUACUGUGGAGAGCAGUCGUCUACGAGAAUGAUAACAAACGUGUCGGAUCCUCGAACCCACCCGGUCGGAGUGAGAACGGAUACUCCCGCCGUAAAUUGCUACCUCAGAAGGGUUCUGGUAGAGCCAGAGCAGGUGAUGCCAACUCCCCCACAAGACACAACGGUGCGCGUGCGCUUGCCAGAACCGCUCCCAACGACUACAGCACAAUUUUGCCGUCCAAGAUCUAUUCGCAGGCCAUUACCAACGCACUGAGUCACCAGUACAGAAGCGGGAACUUAUUCGUUAUUGGAGGCGCUAACACGCUUUCACAGACGAAUGAACUCGACCUGAACGAACUCGAGAUAGUACCUACAUCCCCAGACUCACCCAGCGGAGACAUUGUCUUCGAGAGAUUUCUCGAAGAAUACGACCUCAUAAAGAAGAAGCUACUUUUCAUUGUCAGCGAACCGAGAGAGACAUUAAUGCAGCAUACCGAGCGGUUUAAAGACACCGUAGAUAUUGUGCAGCAAGAGCUUGUUGAUGUGAACGAUUUACUAAAGGCCAAGAAGAUAUUCAUAGAAUUGGAGGCACUCGAAUACCUAACGGUAACCCAUUCUUUGUGA